AUGUCUUUGAGAUGGGUAGGUGUAUUGAUACCUAAUCAGAGAAGUGGGAAAAAUAAAACUAUAAAUUUGGUUAAAGGUAAUUGUAGAAUAGCAAUAACCAAGCUCCCAAAAAGUUUAGAAGAAGAGAUCGUCAGAGAGAAAGCAAAACAAAUCUUGCAAAAUAGAUAUAGGUUUAGUGAAGAUCAAGUAAAUGCCUUAUUCACAAUCCUGAAAAACGAAAAAAUGGAGGAAGAAACAAUUGGGGAUAUGCCACAACAGAUUUUACGAGAUAAACUUAGCAUUAGAGAUGUAAGAGCUGAAGCUUAUGCCUUAGCCCUAUCAGCAAAAAAUGCUAAUGCUGGCUCAUCACGUCUCACUCGUCUUCGUAGAGAAUUAAGGAACCUUAAUGCAUCACUUGAGAUAAUUGAGGUUACAAAAUUUCCAGAUAUUACAGAAGAUGCCAACAAAAUCCAGAGUGUCAAUCGAAAAAAAGCUGAAGCUAAACGUAUUGAUUAUCCAGAUGAAUUUACAUUAGAAUCAGUCAAAGAAAUAUUAGAUGCGUAUAAUAUUAAAACUUUACCUAAUUGUCAGGCUCUUUCUGAUGUUAUGGUGAUGCUUUGUAUUCGUCCUGCUGAACUUAAAACUUUAUGCAUUACAAAUGCUGAAGUGAUGGGAUAUGCGAAGAAUCGAGGUCAGCCAGAUAUUUCCAGAAAAUUUAGAUCAAUGGAAAAGAAUCAAGAACGAGCCAAAAAACUACUUAUUUGGAUUCAGCAUGCUAUAUCAUCUGGACGAAUGGGUGAUCCAGGAGCAGUUUACGGUGCAGUAGCACAUGAGGCUAAGAAUAUGGCCCACGCUUAUACAAUUGCUGGAGAAUGUCUACGUCAUUCAUCUGAUAAUCAUACUUCUCCUGUGCAAAAUUACGUUGUAGUCAAUUAUAGAAAAAGAGGAGUUCCUUAUGAGCAAGCAAGACGAUUUCAUAUCUAUGAUCAAGAUUAA